AUGGAUUUCAAAGAAUUUUUACUGCUCCGCUCAUUUUAUGUGCUUUAUCAUGUUAUUCUUCUAACAAUCUACAUUUUAAGUGUUUUCACAAUUUUUCCAAUUUUCAUCCAUCUAACUAGAAUUAACAGACAAAAAGAUCGAGAAUCUUCAGUAUUUUUGAUCACAAAUCAUAUCUAUAAAAUCACAAUUUAUUCACAAAUUAUGAUUGUUUCAAGUGCAAUUUCAGUAUUGAUUUUCUUGUCUAUACCAAUGUUGUUCAGUAUCGAAACAUUGGAAAAGGAAGCGGAACCGGAAGCGGAAAUUGGAAUUUUAGCAAUAAUUACAGCAAUUACAUUCUAUCCUCUUGUACCUAUAUUUUCAUGCAAUUUACAGUUCCGAUUCAGAAUUUCCUAAUAUUCCUUUUGGCUUUUCAAAGAUUUCUCCUUUAUUUUUACCCGAAUCAUGAAAAAUAUCUAGUUCCUAGUGAAAAAAAGGUUCAAUUAUUUUAUAAAAUGGUUAUAUUCAAUAUCGAUUUUGGGGAAUUUAAUCUAUUUUGUUUAUUGGGUUAAAUGUAUGCAUCAGCUUUUCUAUACUGAUGAAAAUUGCGAUCAACAACAAGUUUCAAUAACAAGUUCAAUUAUUUAUAUAAUUCUCGAUUUUUCCGUCAUGUUCUCCUCGAUUUUCUAUAUUUUUAUCCUUGUUAGUGUUCGGAAUAUCACAAGAAAUGCCUCGAGUUUCUUAAAAACCCGCCCAGAAAAAGUGAUAAUUUAUCAGACUUUGGUUUUACUUUUUGUAAAAUUAUUGAGUAUUCCAACAAUUUUCUUUGUUCGUCAAUUUGUGAUCGAUUAUGAAGUGAAUUUGAAUGGCAUUUUGGAUGAGGUGAGGUAAAAUGAAGCCGAUUCAAAUUUCAAUUUCAGAUUUACUACUCCCUAUUCCUCAUUGAUCUUUUAACAACACCCAUCGUUUUUCAAAUCACAUAUAUUUUCUGCAACAAAACAAAUCUGGAAAUUUUGCUGAAAAUGAAUUUCAGAAAAUUGAAAACUUGGAAAACAAUUUGGUGUUGGAACAAUUUGAAUGUCGUGGAGGAUCACAAUACAGUUCUGAGCGAUAUUUCAUCAUAGAUAAUUGA